AUGGUUAAUAAUAGCUGGAUUUGGGAUAAAGUUAGGGACAAGAAGCCUAAGGUGUUGUGGCAUCGGGUUGUUUGGUUCCCUCUUCACAUCCCUAAGCAUUCAAUUGUUGAUUGGAUGAUUAUCUUGGAUAGGAUGCCCACAAAAGAUAAGCUGGCUCGGCUGGGAAUGGCUACUGAUGGCAUUUACAAUUUGUGUGGAAUCCAUAUUGAGACCAGAAAUCAUCUCUUUAUGGAAUUUAUGGAAUGCCAUUUUUCUUGUGCAGUUUGGAACCAAGUGCUGCAGCUUUGCUGUCUGCGAUCGAGACAGUUUGAUUGGGACAAUGCUAUGUGCUGGGUAGUGGAGAAGCUUAAAGUUGGGGGAUCCUUUUGA